CCGGCGCGCUUUCUUGACGCAGGCCCCCGCGCGGGGGAACAUGGCGGCGCUGCUGAAUCGCGUGGGCUGGGCAACGCGACCCGUGCUGCCCGUGGUCCAGACUUGGGACCUUGACGCGCGGCGCUGGGUCCGGGCGCUGCGGCGAAGCCCCGUGAAAAUGGUGUUUCCAUCCGGUCAGGUGGUGGAACGGAAGCCCAGUCCCGGGAAGCAGCCCCGGAAGGCGGCGGCGGAGGCCAGUCCCCGUGAGCAGCGGCUGAAGCAGCCGCUUCAGGUCCCCCCAUCUCAGACACCAAGCACCUGGGAAGAGUCCGGGCUUCGCUAUGAUAAGGCUUUCCCUGGAGACAAAAGGCUGAGCAGUGUGAUGACAAUAGUUAAGUCCAGGCCAUUUCGGGAAAAGCAAGGGAAGAUUCUGCUGGAAGGUCGUAGGCUGAUUGCAGACGCUCUCAAGGCUGGUGCUGUCCCCAAAGUUUUCUUCUUUAGCCGUCUGGACUACCUAAAGGAGCUGCCCAUUGAGAAGCUGAAAGGUGUUAGCCUCAUUAAGGUGAAAUUUGAGGAUAUCAAGGAUUGGUCCGACCUAGUGACACCACAAGGAAUAAUGGGGAUUUUUGCCAAACCUGACCAUGUUAAGAUGACAUACCCAGAGACUCAGCUUCAUCACACACUGCCCUUAUUAUUGAUUUGUGACAAUCUCCGUGACCCUGGGAACCUGGGGACAAUUCUGAGAUCUGCUGCUGGGGCAGGCUGCAGCAAAGUAUUACUCACCAAAGGCUGUGUGGAUCCCUGGGAGCCCAAAGUGCUGCGGGCCGGGAUGGGCGCACAUUUCCAGGUGCCCAUCAUCAACAAUCUGGACUGGGAAGCAGUGCCCAACUACCUGCCCACCAAUACCCGGGUCUUCGUGGCUGACAACUGCGGCCUUUAUGCGCAGGCCCAGGCCCAGAUGUCUCAUAAGGCUAGUGACCAUGGCUGGAUAUGUGACCGACGACUCCUAAAGUUUCACAAGUAUGAGGAAGAGGAAGAGGAUCCAGAAGAUGAAGCCAGUGAAGGCUGGCUCCCCAAACUUGAGGUCCAGAGUUAUGACUCGGAUUGGACAGAGGCACCAGCAGCGGUGGUGGUAGGUGGGGAGACCCAUGGCUUGAGCCUGGAGUCCCUGCAGUUGGCUGAGAGCACCAGGGGCGGGCGCCUGCUGAUCCCCAUCGUACCUGGUGUGGACAGCCUCAACUCCGCCAUGGCUGCAAGCAUCCUGCUCUUUGAAGGGAAGCGACAACUGCGGGUAAGGGCGGAACGCUUGAGCAGGGACAGGAGUUACCACUGAGGAGGGACGACAGUCAGUCCUCGGUUAGAGGCUGUCUCUGUGGUUACUGGAAAAAUAGGAAUUUCCAUGAAGUUCUGCUUAUCCUCAAAAAUAAGAAAGGUUAAAAUUCUUCCUGGUUAAAAUUCUUCCUGAGAUCUUCCAACUAACGUGUGUGUGUGUGUAUCUGUGUGUGGGUGAGAGAGAGUGUAAGUAAUGAUCCUCAGGGCUCUCUAUGUAUGUGUUUUUAAAAAUUGUCCACCAAGGAGCAUUUUUGUGCCCAGAAAGUUCCUGAAAGCGUCAUCUUGGCCAGGGAGGACCGCUCUCUCCACCGGCUGGGGGUGCUUCGCAGUCGUGGAGCAUUGGCUGUAGGCCAGGCUCCAUCACCAGCUCCUCUGAUGGUUGGUCCAUGGAAAAUAAAUAAGUGUAGACCAGCAGAUUACAUUAAAAAAAGGUUUUGUUUCAGUGUGGUCGGUGGUCACAGUGCAUAUCUUUUCAUCUUUGGCCUAGUGAUGAGGACACUGCUGAGAGAUUAAUGGCCCAGGAAGCUAAGGGUGAUGGCCUUCAAUAGCUGGCUGUUCUUUUGGCUUGGCUGUGUUAACUUCUGUUCGUGUAGGUUUUGAUUUAAACACUGUUUAUGUUUGACACUUUUUUUCCCCAUUUCUGGUGAACAGUUGGUGGAAACAGCUUAAUUCAUCAGGUGGUAUUAUGCCUUCUUAGCAUCUUGGCAGAUAAUUUUUUGGGGACUCUUGUCCAGAAAAGGAGGAAAGUUUUUUAAUCUUUAGCUUAACCCAGCAUCUGUCAGCAAAGCCAUACUCUUUUUACUAGCUUCCUGCUGUUAGUCCUUCUUUACAGAACACUUUUGGUUAAAUGUAAUGAUUGACUUAUUUGCAUUAAUCUCCCGUCCUGCAUGAACAGAACUGCUUAAGGAAAGGCCAGUGUUCCUGGAUGUUUUGUGUAGAGAGCCUCCUGUGAGGGGAGGGAAGCUGAGGUUCUGAGGAUCAGAGCUUGGGGCCCUUGGGCCCACAGUUCUGCAGCAAGACCCUGCUGGAGCCCCCAGGGGACCAGGGCAAGCUGGAUCCUUACUGGGUACCAGCUAGGAUGUAAUUGCGGACAUGAGGAGAGGCAGGUUGGUAAUCACUGUGUUUGUAAGUCACUGUGGGAAGGGGAUAGGUGGGACCAGAAUGUGGGACUUACUUCAGGCAGUGCUUUUGCAACCAAAGACAGUAUGGUUGGAGUUGAGAGACCCCAGGAGUGUGGUUUCACCACAUCUCUUCCACACAGGGGCUCCUGUACUGGUUGGGAUUCCUUGGGAGCCCUUCAGCUGCUCAUUCCAGGGAGUCCCAGUGAGCAUGGGGGUCCCAUGCUCGAGAGAAACCGUGCACCCCUACCAGCUCCCUGGUAAAACGAAAAGGCCAAGCUUGACGUGUGUCCCAAAUGGUGCCCCAGUGGGUUUGCUUUGCUAUGUUUGACGGGAGGGGUUUUUGCAGGGACAGUCUCUCUGGUUGGCCAGGCUCUUGGGCUGACCAGCAGAAGCUGCUGGGGUGCCCUGCUCUGGUUGGGGCUUGCCCAGGCCCCCACACCAAUGCUGAUGAUGACAGUGGCCCCCAGAAUGUUCUUGAGACCCUCCAUUCCCCUUCAGGUUCUAGAAAAUAGAAGAGCCCACAGCCUUCGUAACUGCUGAGCCCACAAAGGCUGGGACUUCGUCUGCCAGCUUCACAGCCAUGAUGCCCGUCACACCAGCAGGCGAAAUCUGGGGGCAGCCCAGAGAACUGUACCACGUUUGUACUGCCAUCCAGUCUCCCAACACCUUGGGAAAGCGCUAAAGAAACAGACAUCACUAAAAUGAGUUUCAUGCCUUUUCAGCAUGAAACCAGUCUCCUGCAGUUUUUGUCCCCCGGUUAUUGUUCCUACUGAUUUUGUCACAAAAUAGAAAUAAAAGCACUGCAAAAGAGCACAUCCA